UGUCGCGAAACAAAUCUUUGGUUAUUUAAAAUAAACUACAAGUGUGUAAGUCCCGUUUACGGAAACACACCUGAAAUAAAUCACCAAGGAAUUUCGCAAUAGCUUCAGCUCAACGGAGGGAAAUCCCCUCCGCUGUGAUGGAGCUCUCCAUAACGGUGAAUCCCCGUCGUCGAUACAUAUGAACGCAUUUAUAUAUCAGUCCAGUCAGUCAGUGGCAUUGGGAUACUAGAGUACACGGUUGACAGUUGACGAGCACUCCAUUAAUAAACCGUGAACAAUUUAGGGAAGUUGACCAUACGGUAUCAUGGCGACAUCCAAUAAUACUGCUUUCAAGCAAAAGCCUAAUUUAAAACAUUGGUUAUAUCAGCAGAUUUUGAGCGGCGAUUUCAGGGGGCUAGAAUGGUAUGGCUUGAAUGGAUACCAAUAUGUGUUUAAGCUACCUUGGGUCAAAGAAUCUGAUCCAGACUGGAAUGAUUACUACAUGCUGUUUCAUAAAUGGGCUGAGAGGGAUGGAAAGCAAUCUUCUGAUCCACAAAAAGCCAAGCGAAACUUUCGGUCGGCUAUAAAUCAUUCUCAGCAUUUUGAGCAUUUGAAAAAUGAGGAUCAACAAUUGCAAACAGGAAGUUUUAAAGUUUACAGAUUUCUUUCAGAGGAAGAAGUAUUGGCAAGGAAAGCUGGUCAGCAAAGGAAAAUUUCAGAGGAUAGCCAGGAUUCUAAUGUUACCCCAUCUCCAGUAUCUGUGAGUCACAUGGGUUAUAACGUGUCUCCAGAUCCAGUACGAGUAUCACAAAACCAUUUUCUUGAUGGAGAUCCUUCUUGUAACAAUCUCACUACAUCAGAUUUAAAUCUUGGUCAGAACUUCCUGCAGGAACUACUUGAAGAUCCUCCUCCUCAACUUGAACCAAUGAAUGUUUCAACCACAAGUGCCACAAAUUAUGUUUCACAAAUUCAUGAAGCCGGUAAUGUUCAGCCCACAGAUGAUGUUCAAAUGCCAAGCAUACCUUCUAUGGACAGUGAACAUUAUAACUCCCUGUUUUUGGAGAGAUUAAAAACGAUUGGUGUCACAGAAACUGAUUUAAGAAAGUGCAAAUUUACCAUUGCUUAUAAUGAUGUCGACAUGCUAUUUCGUGAAGUCGAAAUGGACAAAUUGUGCAACGUUGUGUAUGGUGAUACAGGCUCCAUCUCGGCAUUAGUAAACCUGUAUGCAUAUAGACAAUUACCGCCACAACAAAUUAUUCAACUUCCUUCUCAUCUCGAUUGCCAAAAUCUUCAAAUUAUUUUAACAAAUAUGGACACUGGAAUACUGUUCGGGUAUGACGCAAGUGAUAAAAGCAUUUACAUGAUUCGCCAUUGCAAAUCUCAUGCAUUUUUCUUUGAUGUACACAAGAACGACAAUGAGCCGGUGAAAGUUGACAGAGGAAUCAAGUACAAAAUAUUUUCCUAUAUGGAAUUCUGGAAUUCAUUAGCCCUCUCUAACUGGGUAAAAGAGGGGGAACUUUCAGGUACCGAAAGCACAUCAAUCCCAGCUGUCUCCAAAGUUGAGAUUGUUGUUGGCUGUAAGCCAAAACACCCGAAUUAUGGCAAGGGUGUUAGAAUUACAUUGCAACCACUAGCGGCUACUAGAAUAAAAGCCUGUGAAAAUAUACUGCCGGAGCUACAACUUAGUGCGGAGGAGGCUUCGUUGGAUCGGCAAUUCGCAGCUAUGAAAAUGUCUGCGCCAUGAACUUCGUUGGCAAACAUUUACCGACAGUGACGAUGUUCCGCCAUGGCUAUUAUGAACAUGAGUACGCAGGUGUAUGGUGAUGCAGGCUUAUAUUUGAUAGAUAAACUAAAAUAAUUUGACCUUCUUAAACUAAGACUUGUUUCUGUGCCUGUACCUCCAUUUUGCUGUUGUUGAAUUUUUCGCAGAAGCAUUUAAAAAAAAAAUUUAUUGGACACUAUAAUGUUUAUUGACUUUUAUCUUCGUUCUCUUGUUGCCUUUGGUGAUGAUUGUAAUCAAAUUUGCAAUUCAUACAUUUCAUUCUUCAUUUGUAUAAAUUGU